AUGAUUAAUCAUCUUUGGAUAUUAUUUAUUUUAAUACAAUAUUCAUUUUCCAAAACAUCAAUAACAAAUUAUCCAACAGUUGAUUUAUUCGAAAAUAGUCCAUUAAAUACACUUGUUAUACAAUUGACAACAUCAUUAAAUAUAACAAAAUCAUCAAAAUUAGCUCUUUUAAAUAUGAUUGGAUUUGAAUUAGAUAUGUUUUCAAUUAUAAAUGGAAGUAUUUAUACAAUAGAUUUUAUUGAUCGAGAAGAAUUUAUUACUGAAAAAUAUUGUUUGGAUAAUUUAUAUUGUAAAAUUGAACUUCAUAUACUUGUUAAUGAUGGUUUAGCUUAUUGGGUUAUUCCAAUUCAUAUUAUCGAUGAAAAUGAUAAUAAACCCGAAUUUAUUCAAAAUGAAAUUGAAUUAAAAUUUCGUGAAAAUAUUUUAAAUGGAUAUAAAAUACCAUUUAGUGGUGCAAAAGAUUUAGAUGAAGGACGAAAUGGUGAAAUUCAUUAUGUACUUGAUUGUUCAAAUGAUUUAAAUCAAAAUAAAACAUUUAUUAAUCAAUAUAUUCAAUCAUCAAUAAAUUGUUAUCCAUUAUUUCAAUUAAUUAUAUUAUCACAAUCACCACCAUCAUCAAUUAAUUUCGAUCGAUUAGCAUUAAAAUUUCUUCCGUCAUCAUCGAUAAAUAUUCAAAGUGAAUAUAAACUUAAACUUUAUGCUAUUGAUAAUAGUGAUAAUGGUAAACAAUUAGAUAAUUCAAUGAAUUUAAAUAUUAAAAUUGAACGAAAAGAAAAAGAACCAAUAUUUUCUUUAUCACAAUAUGAAUUUGUUGUGACAAUAAAUUCAUCUUUAUAUAAAAAUGAAAGUAUUAUAGGUCGUGUACAUGCUAUUUCAAAUGAUCCAUCACAAAUAAUUCAUUAUAAAUUAGUAUCAGAUAAUAAUAAAAUCAAAAUCAAUUCUUUAACUGGUGAAUUAAUAUAUAUAAACGAGAAUUUUCAUAAUAUAAGUAAUGAAAUUGAUUUUCUUGUUCAAGCAUCAAUAUUAUCAAAAGAAAAAUUAUCAAAAAUUUUAAUAUCACGUUCAAAAGUUAAAAUUAUUUUUCGAUAUUUAAAUCUUAUUAAUAAUGUUUCAUUUCAUUUUCAAACAAAUUCAUUAAAAAAUCAAAAUAAAAUUCAUCGAUUAAAUUCAUCAAAUUCAUUUCUUAUUGAUGAACAUUUACAAAGUAAUGAAGAUUUAUUAAAUAUAACUCUGAUUUCAUUUUAUUAUCCAAUGGAUAAAUAUAUUCUAUCACUCGAUAAUUAUCUUACAAUAUUUUCACUUGCUGCUACUCCAUCAUUGAAUAUAUAUAUGUUAAAAACACGUCGACGUCCAGCAUCAAAAGCAAUUUAUAUGUUAAAUAUUGGAGUAAAACAUAAAUUAUCUCAACAAUGGUUACCAAAUUUAAGGAUUGAACUAAUUGUUAUAGAUCAAUGGACAACAACAACUGCUAGCAGUAGUAGUAGUAGCACUACUCCAAUUUUUACAAAGACAACAACAACAGCUAAUAUGAUAAUAACAAAUACUUCAGUUUAUGUUGAACCACUUGAAUUUUGUAUAGAAAAUAAAAAUUAUAUACUUUAUGAAAUUAAAAAUGAAACUAUGGAAAAUAAGAUUGGUUUCUUUCGAGUAAUUGAAACAAAUUUAUUUAUUCUAAAUAAUAGAAAUGUAUCAUUCAGUUUAUUUCUUUUAAUUAAUCAAAGUGAAAUAAUUAUUAAUGAAUGUCGAAUGUAUAUUGAACGAUUAGAUAAUUCAUUUAAUAAUUCAUUAGAAUAUCGAUUAUGUUCAUUUUCGAAUGAUGAUGAAUGUUAUAAUAUAACAACAUCUGAUUUAUCAAUAAAAAAUGAAAAUAAUUUACAGAAAUGGUUCUUACCAAUGAAACCAAUUGAAAUAAUUAUGUUUAUACUUUCAAUAAUAUUUAUUCUAGUAACAAUUAUACUUAUUUUACUUAUUUGUCGAUUAAAAGGUAUUCAUAUUUGUUUAACAAUAAAAAAUUAUAUAUUUUAUGGAAAAAAAUAUGGUUUAAAUACUACUACUAAUCAACAUUUAUCAUCGUCAUCACCAUCAUCACCGCCUUCAAAAAUGACACAACGAGUUCAUUCAAUUGUUAUUCGAGAUUCUCGUUCACCUUCUUUCGAACCGAUUACAAUGAAAAAUGAUAUUGAUGAACCAUAUAUAUUUAAUAUUGAUCAUCUUCUUGAACGAGAACCACUUCCAUCAACAAAUAUGUUUACUUUACCAUCUCCUGCUCAAUUAUCAUCAUCAUCUUCAAUAACAUGUUCACUUCAACGAGAAGGAAAAAUCAGAUUAAAUAUUGAAAAUCGACCAAUAACAACAACAACACAUCGAACAUCAUCAUCUUCAUCAUUUCUUCAAGAAACAAAACAAUUAUUAGAAAUGAUAUCAACAAAUCAAAAUUCCGAUUCAUCAAGAUUAGCUUCUGAAGUAUAA